GGCGGGGCCGCGCUGAGUGCAGGCGCCGGGAGCCGGAGAUGGUGGGAACCGGGGCCCGCUGCGGGCCGGGGGCUGCCCUGCUGCUCGGCGCGCUGCUGGGGGCGGCGGUGGCGGCGGCCGCGGGGGGCGGCCUGGCCGACAACGUGGUCUGGGCCGUCAACGCGGGCGGCGAGGGCCAUGUGGACGUGCACGGCAUCCACUUCCGCAAGGACCCGCUCGAGGGCCGGGUGGGCCGAGCUUCUGAUUAUGGCAUGAAGCUGCCAAUCUUGCGGUCCAAUGCAGAGGAUCAGAUUCUGUACCAGACUGAGCGUUACAAUGAAGAAACCUUUGGUUACGAGAUUCCCAUCAAGGAGGAGGGGGACUAUGUAUUGGUGCUGAAGUUUGCAGAGGUCUAUUUUGCACAGUCCCAGCAGAAGAUGUUCCAAAGCUGCAGCCUCACCCAGGCCUGGAGAAAAAGGAGGAUGAGGAUGAUGAAGAGGAGUAUGAAGAAGGCCCCAAUGUUAAAAAACAGGCCAAUAAGAACCGGGUUCAGUCGGGUCCCCGCACACCAAACCCUUAUGCCUCAGACAACAGCAGCCUCAUGUUCCCUAUACUGGUGGCCUUUGGUGUCUUCAUCCCUACCCUCUUCUGCCUGUGCCGGUUGUGAGAGAGAGCCCUAUACAGAGGCAGCAGUGGGGACAAGAGGGAGGGAGUUGGACCGAAUGUGGUUGCUUUCCAUGUCCUCCAAAUUGUUCAUAAUUUAAGGAGAAAAGUUCAUUUGAAGUGAACGGCAGGUACAGGGACAGGGGAGCUUGCCUCCCUCCAGCCAGCGAUCAGGGAGGCCUCCGCUUUCCCACUCUCACCGGAAGCGGCCUCCUUUCCUCCCUGGGGCAUUUGAGACUAAACUGGAUCCUUGCUGUCUGUAGAAAGCAGAAGCUGGUAUACUUCAGUCCAUAUCCCACAAGGAGAGGAAGUAGCGUGACCCAAGCUUUUUACCCUUGUCAGGGUGGAAUAUCAUCCGCAUGAGAACCUAAGUAAGGAGGCAGCUUUGAAACCAGGCUUAGAUGUGUGUCUUCACCAAAAAGAUGCACAGACUUUCUGGUGUGAUUGGGUGACACUUUAACAACCAUGGAGGAGAGAGACUUCCUCUUCGAUAUCUGCCUGAAAGUGUGUAACUAAAUGUACGGUACUUCCUUGCGCUACACCUGCUAAGGCUCCGCCUCGUUGCUUGGUCUCCUGGGAAAUGUUCUACCUUCAGGGUGCGAGUUGCAUCAGAAGCAGAUGGAAUUAUUUGGCCUGACUUGCUGCAUUGGAUGGGAGAGACUUUUCUCUUGUGAUGAUUUGAAGUUUGUUGCUGAGAGGUUCUGCCAUGCCCUGCAGUAGGUCAGCUUUUUGUUAGUGUCUCUGACCCAGAUGCAUUUUUUUUCUGUACAAGUUGUGGUUUUAUUUCUUUUUUUUUUUUUUUUAAUGUUCUUUUUUUCUUCUGUGGUUCAUUUAAAGUCUCAUCCCUUCCUCUCUCUAAUGUAUGGUGUCUGCUCGAGAGCUGCUAGGGACCAGGUGUUCAAAAAAUGGAGGUUCUUAGCAUCUCCACUGAGUCUCCAGUGCUUGUGCCUCCUUGCUUUGACUGUUGGUCUCGUGUCUGUAAGACAGGAGAGCAACCCUUCAAGUACUUCCUGGCUACUCCCUAAUCCCAGCUGCCUUGACCAGUCCAGUCCAGAGCAGUGUGAGAUUGGGAGCAGUCAGUGUGUCCCAUCAGCUACUCUGUGUAGGGUUUGGUAUCUCAGGACUUGCCUGUGCGAGAGGUUCUGGCACAUGCCAAAACUCUAGCCCAUAAGGUGACCAUAUCUAAUGGUUGUGAAGAGUCUGAAAUGGAAGGGAAGUCCUCUAGACCAGCCCAACCAGCCUCUUCAGUUACCUGGGGAUGAGUUUAAACCACAUUGUUUGCUUUUCACCAGCAGUGUCUUAGCAAGAUGACUGCUCCCAUGUGAAGGGAGUGUGUUCCAUGUGUCAUGCUGCUGUCUGGUUUUGGUUGUGUGCCUGGUGUGAUGAGGAGAGCAGUGCUUUCAGAUACUUGAAGCUGAGCUGAACAGUGUCCAAACAAUAGUCCCUCUGUGUUCAAGCUGAUCUCUUCCUGCUCUGAAAGGACUGGUUCCUCAGCAGCUGAUCCUCUGAGUGCUGAGCACUUGAAGCUCCCAGGGAGUUAUGAAUAAACCUUGCCUGGCAUGAGGGGCUCAGCACCUGAGGUACUCAGGGUUGGGUGUUCUGUGAUGCUUGAAGUCUUUGUGUACCAGCCUGGUCAGCUUCCAUUCUAACAAUGUUCCUGCUCUAUGUGUUACCUUUGCCAAGGAGCGCAUCUGUUUUCAUCUCAUGCAGCUGGACUGAGGAAUCCCUCCCUGCACUCUGCUUCUCCUUGUCCUACUGGUUGCCUUCAGCAAAAUCACAUUUAGCUGCUCAGUUGACUUGGCCUUUCUCUAACAACAGGCAGAGUCUCUUGCAGAAGCCACACCAGCCUUCUGCUUUUCCAGCCAUGUGCACUGCUGCUCCAUGUUUAACCACAACUGCAUUUUCUAGUGUCAGUGAAGAAUAUCAAGCCCAACUGACUUUUUUUCUCCUGCUGUUGUUGACCUGUAGUAUGCACACAAGCAGCACAUCUGGAAAAGCAGCAGAGAAGCUUGGUUGUAAGAAAACAUACGCAGGGAAGAAAAGGCCAGUGCUAUAGGCAAAUAGAUCCUGAAGUAAGCUGGGCUCUGGAAUGCUAGGAUGUCUGGUGGAAUAGCAACUUUAUCACUCUGCCUCUUUCUGAAGCCUUAUUGCUCCUAGAAUGUCUUACUUUCAAUAUAAGACCUUUUUUUUGAGUGGCAGUGCCUGAAAACCAAGUAGAACACUGAGAUUUCUUGGUCACCAUCACUAACCAACUAGGCCCCAGGCUUUGGGACUUUACUUUGUGGGAACUUUGGGACUUUAUUUUGUAGGGACAGUCCAGCUUUCCAAGUCAAGAAUGUUUUCUUCCUCUUUGUCUGAGGUGCUGGCAGUUCUUAGUUGUGCUGCUUCUUGGGCAGGACCCAGUUUGGCUCCUGUUGACGUGGCUCAGAACAAUUCCUUUGGCUUGCUCAAUUUAGGCUGAGGGGCCCAUGUCUAGAAAUGUGCAUGUUUGAGAUGGAGGAAGCUAAUUAGAUCAGACCAUUCCCCUGCAAGGCUGGGAUAGUUGGUCUCUUUCCUUUCCAACAGAGAUUAUGUGCCAUGGUUUGCUUAGUCUGGAGCCUGCUGCAUGGGGCCUGACUUCUGUGGUGUGUGAGAGCUCACAUUUCUUAAUUUAAAGCAAUUCAGCUUAGAACAUUUGGGAAGAGGAUCAUAAUCUGCUUUGCAGUAGCAUGUCACCAGAUGGGUGUAGAAUUUCCUAGUUCAUCACUGGUCUCCUGGAGCCAUUAUGGUACUAUAAUAAAUCUGCUUUCUUCCUUGCUUUCCCGUUCCAGCCCAUCAGUUUCUGACAGCUUUAGAUUUUACUCAAGGCAGCAAAGGCUCGUAUUGGUAAAAGGUAUAAGAGGAUUCUGACAAGGUUAGAGUCUGAGGGAACCAUCCAACAUGUGGGUGGAUGUUGAGGUCUGAUUUUUUUUUUGGGGGGGCUGGCUUUGCUUGGACCUCUUCCUGUCUGGCAUCUGCACAUCAGGUGGGUAAAGACUGACUAGGUACCUGAUUCUGGGAGAAUAUAGAGUUAUAUGUCUAUUGUUGAUUUAUUGGGGAAAUAUCUUCAUUCAGCUGUUGCCUUUUGCUGUUGGUUUCCAUUUGUAUUUGGGGAUGAAUGAUUAAGAAUGAACAUGUAUGGCAAGGUGCAAAGAGCCCUGCAUAUCCCAGCCUGAAAACUAGUGUGCAGAGCUAUUUGUGACUUGCAGGAAACAUACUUCCCUUCUUUGCCUGCUGAUCUAGGAAUCCCCAAAGCUGGUACGUGAUGGAAGUGAGUAGGCACCAGUGAUGGCUUCUGCUUGUCCUAAGCUUUGUCUGGCUGCUUUCCUUUUGAAAGUGUGUAAAACUUACGGCUGCUGUUCUGCUUCUCUAAACUCAGAGUGGUUCAGCAACCUUGUGUGCUGGAAGCAUGCAACACAGUUUCCUAGAUAUUUGGGGACCAAAUAGAAACAUUAAAGUGUAUGAACAGACUUCAGAUUGCCUACAGAUAACCAGCAGCAGGUACUGAUGGGCCUAAGCCCUCAGCACCUGCCUUUACAGUCAUAUGGAGGGCAGACAUGGGACAAACCAGUCAUAAUUCACUGGAGGAUAUUGAUUUUGGAGGUUCCUGUGUGCUGUGGAGCAGAUUGUUUAAAUGGUUGUUUCAGCCAAGUACCCCACUCCAAAAUAAACGUUUAAAUAUCCCCAAAGGCAUGGGCUGAUAUUCUGGGCUUCCCAAAGGGAAGAUUCCAAUGGUUGGGGUUUUUUUUUUUGGGGGGGGGGUUUUACACCACACCCUUUCCUCUGUUUCCAGAGGCAGGGUUUUGGAGUAGCAGGCAGCUUUACCUACCCCUGCUCUCUGUGCCCCAGCCUCCUGCUAAUGGCAGUAGAAGGCAUGCAGGGAGUAUGGGACUGAGCCCUGUGUAUUGUUCAGGCCAGCUGGGGAAGGAAAGGCCUGUUUAUCCUUAACUUUAAAUUCCCUGGCUUCAGUAGCUGUUAGCUAACCCUGUGACUGCUCCAUGGUGUUUGUACAACUAGAACAGCAUCUGCCCGGUCCCACGUGAAAGUGAGCAGAAUGCCAAAGCGAAUCCUUUUGUUCAUUUCUGGUGCCUUUGUAUCAUUUAAUUACAGAUAAGUUUGAAGAAGCUUCUGUUCUAAGGACCUUCUUUCCUUUUUUUUUCUUUAAAUCUGUUUCCUAGAUCCAGCUGUCCCUGCUCAGGCACUUGUACCCCUGUGACGAACAGGGGAGCUGUCUCAUUGUCUCUUUGCUCUGGUACAUCUCAGCUUCAGUGCAGAGCUGCUUGCAGGUGUCUUCUGCUCUGGUUCUUGCUGUCUCUGAAUAGAGUGAUGGGUGCUGGAAGAGAUGAUGUACUCUUUCAGGGUUGGCCUCCUCAAAGCAGUCUCCAGUGAAGGCUCCUGGAGGAGGACUAGGGAUUUCCCAGGCCACAUUGCAAAAUACAUGGGCAGAAUUGUGCAGGUGCCCAGUGGGAAUAGCCAGGUGCUGCUUGACAGAUUUAACAUGCAUUACAUUCACUUGCCUAUAGACCUGUUGAAGGUUUGACAAGACUCAUGGUCAGCUGUUGGGUAGCAAUGUGGCUUUGAGCUGCCUCCAAAUCUGUUUCUACAUGAACAGCGUAGUUUGGGUCAUGGCAUUGACUCCAUCCUGCCAUUGGAACCUUGCUGGCCCUGGGCUUUUCCCUGCACUGUCUGGUCCAGCAAGGCUCUAAACUAGGAGCAGACUGCCACCUUGGAGUGCUUUGCACCUGGGCUUAUUGGGGUAGGCUGGCAAUAACAUGGGAAGCAGAGUCUAGUUUCAGCUAUAGCCUGAUACUAUAGUAACCCUUUGUGACCUGAGAGAGAACUCCUCUCAGGAGCUUGUGUGCAAGGUGUGAGGAUUAGCCUCUGAGAACAAAUAUAUCAAAUCCCAGGAGUGUCUGUCCUCUCUUUGUAUCCACUCAGCCCAUUUCUCUGGGAACCCAAGGAAAGGUGGGCUCAGUUCUUCCACUGGCUGUGUUUUAUGUUCAAAAGUGCAAGGUCUAAUAGGCCUGCCUCUUUCACCUUGGUCCAUUUCCACUUGACUCUCUUUAGUGGGUAGUUCUAAAUGGGCUUAGACAGGUAUACCUGAGGGAUACCACAAUAUGAGAUGGAGCUGUGAACUCCCCAUAUAGGAUGGAGCUUAAUAUUAAUAAUGGGCCCUUUGUGCUGCGUCCCUAGUUCCUGAUCUUGGCCCAAGGGGAAGGGAUUGGUGUUUCAUAUCAGCGCUUAAUGGGCUCAUCCCAUGCAUACAGUAAUAAAUGCACUUAACUUCUGGUGCUGGUUUGUGCAGAGGAGUUUGAAGCUGGCCUGCGUCUUCCUGGACUCUGGCUUGCUCAGAGUUUAUAGCUGUACAUUAAGGAAUAUUUUUGGAGAACUGGGAAAAAUGCCACCUGGUGAGCUGUCCUUGGCUUGGUCAACAGGACUCUCCUUGCUGAUUUAUUAAUAGCGUCUGAUUUAUUUUGUCAAUAAGUGCUUUAUUUAAAAAACAGAAGUGCUUUCCUCCCUCCACAGCAGCGCUGUCUGAUCAGGAAAUAUUGAAUGCUCCACUACAGCCAGCAAAGGCUUCUGCUCGGGGCAUUGCAUAAUGGAGAUUCCUCCUGGUGUAAGUGGCAAACAGCAAUUUGGAUGGGUUUCUUAACAGGAAGCUUUUCUAAGUGUAUGUUUAAUCUAAGAAGGGCAAAAGGUUUUGACCAUUCUUUCCUAUUUCUGUGUGUUAAGGAAGUGUUUAUUUGUUCAUCACAGCCAUUUUCUCUCAGUCAAACAGGUUUGGGCCAGGGUCUCUGAGUAAAAUGUUCACUGGGGGCUCACUAGUAAAGCAGGAUCAGAAUUGUUUGGAGCAGCUUGUACUCAGGCCCUAGCUGCUUAUCCAGUCUGUGAAAUGGCCCCUGGCUGCAUGGAGCCAAAGUAGAAGUUUUAGCAGCUUCAGGCUGGGGUCUGGAGGGCAGCAGCCUGAACUGUCCAGGGUUUUAGCCUAGUUAUAGUGACAUCGAUUUUUUUUUUCCCCCCUGCACAACAGCCCUUAACUGUGUUGAAAUGAGGUCGUUUGACUUGAUUAUGAUUCCUGUUGCUCUGUUAAUGGCUGGGUGUGUAGACAGGGCCUUAAUAAACAGCAUUUGUGCCUCUUCCUGCUAUGAGGAUGCUGGCUUCUUGCAGUGAGUUGAUCUGUUGGGCAUUAAAGAUAGCACAGUUGCAAGCUACUCAAGGCUGCAAGCCUAAGAUUGUCCAUGAAGGAGAAAGCAGUUGGAGAGCAAUUUUCAUCUGUAUUUGUCAUCAGUACUAAAGGGUUUUGAAGGAGGUCUGUUUGUUUUGUUUUUAUUUUUGUUUUUUUACUGUCCAUUGUGUUGUAACAAUUUACAGUGAUAUUUCUGUUUGCAGCAAGCUUGGGCCCUGGGUGAAAAGCACAGAUGUCUCUUUCUGAUUGCAUUGGCUUUGCAAAGACUUCUUUUUGGGGGAAAGAGAUGGGUGUGGGGGUGGGUUAUUUUAUUUUUGGUACAUGUAGCUGUUUAUUUUUUAAUUUUUCCCAGGAUGUUUGGUUGAGGGAAUGUUCUGAAAUCUACUGCCUGGCAGUUUUAACCAGCAGUGUGUUAAAAGGAAAAUAAACAAAAUUAUAUUGUCA